AUGUUAAAACGUCGAGUAUUUGUUGUACUUGAGUAUUGGAUAAUCCUGCAAGUUCGUCGACUAUGCUUCCUGCACGUGAUUGUUGUUGUUGUUGUGGCGGCUCAACCGGCUUAUUUGAUCGAACGAAAUAAAAUACUAAAGUUGAACAACCCUAAAUCCCUGAUAUUAUUUUCUUCAUUAGCCGUCACUCUCUCAAAGUCUCAUUCUCUCUCUUCUCAGUCUCCUUUUCUCCAUGAUCUCUGGUCUUUCGACCUCAUCAGCUUGGAAUUGAAAGCUCUCUGUUUCGUUCCCUCCAGUACACGAGGUGAGUUGAAACAAAUGCAAUACUCUAAAUUGGUGGAAGAACUAGAAGAUGAAUGUGAAAGUGAAUUAACUGAAGUGACUUGCCUGGAUUGAGCUAGAUGGAAUAAUUCAAGCUUAAUUAAAGACAAUUACGAUGUAUUAGAAGACAUUUUUUUCUUGUGUUUGGAUUUGUUUAUUUGUGAUAAUAUGAUUGUAAGUGAGACUUUUAUCUUU